AUGUCUUACUCAGAUCUUUCCAUCAAGAAGCAAGAUCCAAACGCCAUCAAUCCGAAAAGUAUUUUCGCCAACAACGCACGAACUGGGGCAAGUUCGACUCCCGGGAAGGCGAUGGGCACGUUUACGGGCGACGUCUGGCUUGAUUCUGUCCUGAGGGCCGACAAUAUCUCCGUCGCAAACGUCAACUUCACCCCUUGCGCGAGAACAAACUGGCAUAGGCACGAUGGCGGUCAGCUGUUGAAAAUCACCGGUGGUAGUGGCUGGAUCUGCGAUAGAGGCAGCGAGCCUCGGCGGAUCACUGUUGGAGAUGUGGUCUGGUGUCCACCAGGUGCGAUUCAUUGGCACGGUGCUGACGACGCGAGCUUUAUGGUCCACGAAGCAGUCUCAUAUGGGAAGAUUGAUUGGUACGAGCCUGUGAAAGAUGAAGAGUAUGCUGCGAAGAAGUGA